GUGUGUAAAGGCGGAUUUCAUGGACUGAACUGCUCUGAAUCAUGCGGACACUGUGAGACAGGAACGUUCUGUGACAAAUCGACAGGGAUUUGUCCAAAAGGAUGUAAGGAUCACUGGAAUGGAACAAAAUGCGAUGUUUGUGCUGACGGAUUUUAUGGCGGUGACUGUGAUAAUGCAUGUGGACAUUGUAAAACAAUACAACCCGUGUGUGAGAAAACCGAAGGGAACUGCUCUGCUGGCUGUCAACAGGAAUGGGAGGGACCACACUGCGAUGGUAACUGGAUAAAAUUGAACAUAAAUGAAAAAAAACAAACAAUAAGCCACCUUUUCUACAAUAUGUAGACGUUUGUAUUAGUCUAUGUUUCUUGGUGUUUUUACACCCAUACGAAAUUUUAUUGGAACAGCUUGUGUCAAAUUUAUUUCACAAACUUCGAAUUCAAAAUGAUCACAAGACAACAAUUAUUUCCAAUCGCAUUUAUCUAUCAAAAUGAUUGAAUAAUUGAAUACAUAGCCCUUAAAAUGACAUUUCCUAAUUCUUAUCAAUCGCGUCCUCGUUCAUUUAGAUGAAAGGUAAUGAAAACGAAUAGCGAUUAAUCUCAUAAUUCCUAUAAGCAAUGCAAAAUAAAAAGUUGGGCAAACAUGGAUUGCUGAAAUGAAAAUUUUUGAUUUCAUUGGCAUGUUUGAACCAGGAAAAAAAACUUGCGUUCCGGAAAUUAUGAAAAUGGAUAUUGUUUUCAUUGGAAAGGGGUGAUUCCGUAUAACAAGAGAUGAUAAUUAUUGAUCAAUUCAAUAUUUAAAUUCAAUAUUAUACGAACUCAUAUAUUAAUUCAUCUCAUGAAUCAAUGACAAUUAGAUCUUUUCGAUUUGGGUCCGAAUAUAUUAUGUAAGUGCAGUCAGCGACCAAUUAUUCACUCCCUAAUCAUUGUUAUCCAUGUGGUCUAGUUAAUUAUAUCUGCAGAACUACAAAACAAGUCACGUGUUUCAAUGUUCUUUGAAACGAUUCGAUUAUAGUUGUUAAAGAGUGACCAUAUACUACAAGUCAACGUGUCUAGUGUAAAUUAUAGUGGUAUGAAUUUUCAGUUUUCUGUUUCAGUUCACUCUCUAAAAGUUAGUACUGCGGAUUCCCAAAAAGCAAUAAUAGGCGGAACGGUAUCCACUGCUGCUGUCUUGUUGAUACUUGGAGCUGUGUUGAUUAUAAUUCUAAGGCGCCGAAUGAGUAAAUCGGAUAGUGCAAGUGAAAGAAGUGAUGUCCAAAACUUCACGUUCAGAAAAGGAUUAAACAAGAGCAGAGCCAAUCAAUAUGCAAACAUCAGUGGUACGCAUCAAAACAUCACAGAAACUCAAUCAGAUGCAUCAUGCAAUGUACCGGAAAUAAAAGAGACUGAAGACGGUGGGUAUUACAACACAGUCCAGAUCAACACAGACAUACGAAUUGAAGAUCUACAGGACGUGAUUCUGAGAAAGAGCGAGGGAGAGAACAACACUUUUCUCCACGAAUACAAGAAAUUUCCACCUGGAGACGUCAACAUCUGUCAAACUGCAAAGAAGACGGAUAAUGUCGUUAAAAAUCGCUUCAAAACCACAUUUCCAUACGAACAUUCCAGAGUGGUACUCAAAGAAAAGUGGAGUGAUUCCGAGAAUGACUACAUUAAUGCAAAUUUCAUUAAGGAUUGCAAUGGCGAGAAAAUCUACAUAGCAGCACAAGGUCCAAAAAACAACACCCUGACAGAUUUCUGGAGAAUGAUUUGGCAAGAAAGCAUCGAAACAAUUGUAAUGUUGACUAAUUUGAUAGAAAAUGGAAAGAACAAGUGUACUCAGUAUUGGCCUGAAAAGGGAAAAGUCAUGGAAGUUGGACCAUGUAAAGUAACUUUGGUUAAGGAGACUGCGUAUUCAUUUCACAUCGUUCGGAUACUUUCUGUGCAACGGAAGAACUCACCCAACAAGAGAAGAAUUUCCCAGUUCCAUUAUAUCGCAUGGCCAGAUCACGGGACCCCGGAAGAGUUGGGACUUGCACAAUUUCAUUCAGUCGUAACCAGGGCAUGUUCUCCGGGUACACCAUGCUUAGUACACUGCAGUGCUGGGGUUGGAAGGACGGGCACCUAUAUUGCUUUGGACUCGUUACUUAAGCAUGGAAAAGAAACAGAAAGGAUCAAUGUUUUUGAGUUUGUGAAAAAGAUGAGAGAGGACCGAAUGACCAUGGUCCAAACACCGGAACAGUAUGUAUUUCUGCAUAAAGCAUUACUAUGUGGAUUUCAAGACAAGAAUACAUUGGUGCCGGAAAGCGACUUUCUAGCAAAAACAACCAAAUUGCUGAAUGACACAUCGCCUCUGAAUCAACGCCAUCUUUACGAAGAGUUUAAGUUCUUAUCAGAAUUGAAACCCGUCCAUGAGAAAAAUGAAGAAGCUGAGAAUGCAGAAAACAGGGAGAAGAAUGUCACCAUGGACAUACUCCCAGUUUCAAAGUAUCAACCAUUCCUUACGACUUUCGUAAAAGGAAGAAACGAUUAUAUAAAUGCUAUCAGGGUACCGUCUUUCACAAACUCUACUGGAUUUAUCAUGACCCAAAUGCCCCUUUCUGGUACCGAGGUGGACCUGUGGAGAUUGUGCAUGGACCAUGACGCUGAGGCAAUGGUGAUAUUGAAUGACAAUUCCGAGGAUAUCGCGUGGCUUCCCAGGAGGGGAUUGUCUCAGUCUUGCCCACCAUUUAUCCUCAGAACUGGAAACACAGGGAGCGAUAUGAACGGCGUUUCACAGGACAGCCUAACAAUUUCAUGCAAUGAGCAAAAAAGGACCAUUGAUGUAUUUCAAAUGCCUUCAGGGAAUGAUAAUUCCAUGCUCAAAGGUACAGACCUAUUGCUGGAAAAGGGAAAAGAAUCCAAUUUUACCAUGAUCGUUAUCAGCAGGAACGGUGCCGGAGCAACAGGGAUAUUCUGUGUUUUACAUAACGCCCUACAACAGCUUCGUAUGGACGGAGAAGUGGACAUAUUUACGGCGGUCAGACAGAUACAGACCAGGAGACCGGAAGUCAUCACGGACCUGGAGGCGUAUAGACGUUGUUACCACCUGAUGUCGCUGUUUCUGUCUGAAGAUGGAAUAUAUGCAAAUAUGUGACGAAGACGUGACUUACAAUCUGUCCAACAAACGUUUGAAUUUUUACCAUGUUUAGACUUAUCUUUCUUAUGCUAGUGUUCAGCGUUUUGAAUUCGUUUUUAUUGCUUGAUAAGUUUAUCAUACAAUGCGGUAGUUUGACGGUAUAUUGUAAAUUCUUUGAAGUCCUAUUUGAUAUAUUUUGAUAUGUAUCAUCGCUUUAAAACAGUAUUUUCAAUCAAAUAGAACUGUAUCAUUAGAUAUGAAUUGAAGUUCUGAGUAUGUCUUUCCAGCGUUUGACUGUUUUUAAUGAUUUAAAAUAGAAAUUGUUGUAAGGAAAGAAAAAAUGUGCGCGUUCUAUAUAUCCAUCGUUUGGAAAAAGAAAACGAUAUAUGUUUCGUAAAUUGAAUUGAAUGUGAUUUAUACUAUGCAAAUUGAUCUGUUCUUAAAUUGUUGCAUUUAGAUAUACACCUUUUGCGUAAAUUGUAUCUUGACAUAUUUGAUAUCCUACACUAGGACUAUAUAGUGGUCUACUAAAAUUUCGCAAUUUGGCGGCUUCUUGUAUUUUACAAUGUUUUUAUAAUGAGGCACUAUAUGUAGAUGCACAAAAAUAUUAAUCAGAAAUUGCAUAAAUAUAUUCUUUUCAGCGAACUUAUUUCAUUUACUGAAAAUUAAGAUGAAAAAUCCAAUAUGCUACGAAAAGUAAAUUCGUCAAAAUAAAACAGAGAAUAUCAUCAAUAAUGAAUCAAACACGUACACAGAGAUAGAAAGGUUUGAUUAUGAACACAUUGUAUACACUAUACACUACCAAGAAAGCUAGAAAAUAGCAUACAAACCAUUCUCAUAAAUUAUGAAGUCACCACGGUUACUACUUGUACAAUCUAUAUUAGGGAUAUGAAUUUAUUGCUUUAUGAUUUUUAUGAAUAAAUGUGAUUAAUAUCAUUCAUAAA